GGUGCCGUUGACCCGCCUUUCCGCGGCUCGCGCCGGCGUCGACUGCGUCUCCGGGCAUUUGAAUUGCGCUUCCGCCAUCUUUCGAGCCCUCAGACGGGCCUGGAGACGCUUCUGGAAGGAACAUCGCGAUGGCUGCCCAAGGAGAACCCCAGGUCCAGUUCAAACUUGUAUUGGUUGGUGAUGGUGGUACUGGAAAGACUACGUUCGUGAAACGUCAUCUGACUGGUGAAUUUGAGAAGAAGUAUGUAGCUACCUUGGGUGUUGAGGUCCAUCCCCUUGUGUUCCAUACCAACAGAGGGCCAAUUAAGUUCAAUGUGUGGGAUACAGCUGGUCAGGAAAAAUUUGGAGGACUGAGAGACGGCUAUUACAUCCAAGCCCAGUGUGCCAUUAUAAUGUUUGAUGUAACAUCAAGGGUUACUUACAAGAAUGUACCUAACUGGCAUAGAGAUCUGGUACGAGUAUGUGAAAACAUCCCCAUUGUGUUGUGUGGCAACAAAGUGGAUAUAAAGGACAGGAAAGUUAAGGCAAAAUCUAUUGUCUUCCACCGAAAGAAGAAUCUUCAGUACUAUGAUAUUUCUGCUAAAAGUAACUACAACUUUGAAAAGCCCUUCCUCUGGCUUGCUAGAAAACUAAUUGGAGACCCUAACUUGGAGUUUGUUGCAAUGCCUGCUCUUGCUCCCCCAGAGGUUGUCAUGGACCCAGCUUUGGCAGCACAGUAUGAGCAUGAUCUAGAGGUUGCUCAGACAACUGCUCUCCCUGAUGAGGAUGAUGAUCUGUGAGAAGAAAAUGAAGCUGGAGCCCAGCGUCAGAAGUCUAGUUUUAUAGGCAACUGUCCUGUGAUGUCAGUGGUGCAGCGUGUUUGCCACUUUAUUAUAUAGCUAAGCAGAACAUGUGCUUAAUCUUGGGGAUGCUGAAGGAGAUGGAUGGGCUUCGGAGUGAAUGUGGCAGUUUAAAAAAAUCAUUUCUUUGGACCUGCAUAUUUAGCUGUUUUGGAACGCAGUUGUUUCCUUCCUGAGUUUCAAAUAUAAGACUGCUACAGUCACAAUAUUCAGUGGUGAAGUCUUGUUUGUUGCUGUCAUUCCCAUUCCUUUUCAUUUAGAAUGAGAAUAAAGUUGUAUUUCAAAUAUCUAA